ACUCAUCGCAUCAUCUACUGGUUCGCGAAGCGCCUGGGCCGGGCCGCCGAGCAACGACGACCUUAUACGAGACGGUCGAGUGGUUUCUAUAAGCGGUUGUGAGAGGAGUCGUGAGGACCUCUCCACCGCGGAGAGUGCAAGCCCAACAGUCCUCCAUUCAUCUAUCCAUCCGACCAUAGGACCAUCCAUCCAUAGCCCUCAGCUUCUCUGGCCAACGUGUAUAUCCUCCGCUGAGAGCAAAGUUGGGUCUACUACAUCUCUACCACUGCACGGCCCCCGAACCGCGAGUCCAAGGACUAAAAGACUCCACAGGAGUUUUCAGUCGGCCGCCGGCCGGCCGCCGGCCACUCCUCAUCACCUCCACCAAUUAACCCUGUCUGACCGUUGUCUAUACCUGUAAUUGUUUUCACUUUCGUUGACCUUAUACGAUCAUGGUGUCGCUUAAUUCCGGAUGUCGGUAUUCUUCAAACGCGCGACUCGAUCUACUUCGAAACUGCAGUGAAUUCCGGUGUUAACCGAAGAUCAACGUACCUACAUACUGAUGUGGAGUUUAAGUGCGCGGUUUCGACUUCAACAGCUGUGAACAAAGUGAUCUCGAAGUGUCUAUAUAACCUUAUACUUUCAUCAAAUUAUAUAAAUUAACUUGUAUAACUAGUGCGCGGUAUUUGACGUGAAUUCCCGAAGGUUCUGCCAAACCAACCCAUCACAGUGUUCGAAAUGUGGAAAUUUUACCACGACUCGGUGAUACGAACGUGAGAUAGGUCGAAAGCCAGGCGUACGUACGUGCAGCUGGGGCGAUGCGUCGGGAAUUAAGUAUUUAGCCGGAGCCAGUGUCCGUACUACUUAUUCGUGUUUUGGAAUUGUGGGGUGUGAGCUCGGAUUUACGGGGCCGCUGGUAAACAGUUGAACGAGCAGAACGAGUCUCGGAAAUGAGCGGUAGUGGAGGUGGCGGUGGCGGUGGCCAAGGGAACAACAACGCGGCUUCUUAUCACCAGCACCAUCAGCAGCAGACGCAGCUGGAGCAGGCCGGCCUGCUGCCGGACCUGAACGGCGUCGACCUGGCUAUGAGUUUGUCCCCAAAACAGCACCAGUCCCACGUUCAGACAGGCGGUGGUGCGCACACGACGCCAUUUAGUGUAACCGACAUUCUCAGCCCGAUCGAGGAGUCCUACAGGAAGCUGGAACUUGCUGCGGCGGCAGCGGCGGUUGGCGUCGGGGUCGUCACGCACCCUCAGAGCUCGCCCUACGCCAACGCCUGCGGCGGCCGCGUCGCCGGAAACGCCGGAAGCUCCAGCGCUAGCAGCGGAAGUCCGCCGCUUCACGGCGGGUCCACUCCCGGUGGAUCGACGCCUGGUCCUCCGUUGGGGGGUGCUGGUGGCAACGGGGGCAUGGGAGCAAUGGGCAAUCCUUACGCGACCAUGCAGCUCACUUCCCAAUAUCAGUACUGUGCCGCCGAAUUGUCACCCUAUCAUCACGCCGGGCCCGGCGGCGUCGGCGGAGGCGCCACCGCCUCCGACCCCAUGAGGUCUUCCCAUCAUCAUCCAUGGUACGCGCCCGCGCCACCGGCCACUAACGACCCCCGAUUUGCCAUUUCACGUUUGAUGGGAGCUGCGGCAGCGGGAGCCGGUUCCAACAUGGCGGGCUGUUCCGUCGGGCAGUCCAUGGGUGACAUGGGUAAGUCUUCGGGGAUGGGCGUCGGCGUCGGCGUCGGCAUGGGCGUCGGUGCGAUGCAGUUUCCUCUUGCCCAGCGACGAAAACGCCGCGUACUUUUCACCCAGGCUCAAGUAUACGAGCUUGAGAGAAGAUUUAAGCAACAAAAAUACCUCAGCGCACCUGAAAGGGAACAUCUCGCCUCGCUAAUUCAUCUCACUCCAACCCAGGUCAAAAUCUGGUUCCAGAAUCACCGGUACAAAUGUAAACGACAGGCCAAAGAAAAAGCUAUGGCAGAGCAGAACGCGCAAAAUCAGAGCGCGAGUUCCCCUCGAAGGGUGGCCGUCCCGGUUCUGGUCAAGGACGGAAAGCCCUGCGGAAGCGGGGGCGGGAACGAGGGAAGCCGCGGCGGUCCCAGCGCGGCUUUGGCGAGCCCUGCGCCCCACAUGACGGCCGCGUCGAGUCCCCACGGCUCGCACCACGCGGCGGUUGUCUCGCACCACUCGGUGGUCGGCGUGAGUCACGUGAUGUCCUCGAGCCAGAGCCUGCAGCACUGUUCGUACACGAGGACGAACGCCCAGCAGAGCAUGCAGCAGCAGCAGCAGCCGCAGUGCGGUGCCUACCUGCCACUGCAGGGCAGAGCCUGGUAGUGCGCACCAUCCGCGGCGGGAGCUGCGUCCUACGCAAGUCCCCAGGUCGCUGGCCCUUGGGCCCUCGCCGCGGAUCCAGCCACUUGGUACGCCAUUCCCGACGACAGUCCUUAAUAAAGCUUGCUCGCCUCCUGCGGCAGCUGCUUAUCGUCUCGCGUCACGUCACGCCGAGAGAAAACGGUGAAACUUGACUUAAGUUCGGUGUCUGACUGCGCAUGCGCGAGCGUCGUCGUCUUUUCGCGCAGGCUGGCCAACUCAAGUUUCAGGUGUCAAAUGUGGGCUGUGGAGGAUACGAAGGUGAUACGAUUUUUCU